UUUUCUUGGAGAGAACUAACAAUCAGAAAAUAAGGGUCGAGGAGAACUGCCAAAAUGAAGCUGCUUCCAGUGCUCGUUGUGUUGAUAGUUGCUUCUUCCAGUGGAGCAGAAGCUCAUUCCCAACCCAUGGAGUCACCAGGAGAUCGGCCACCUGCCGAUAUGGCCACGAUUUCUGCAGCAAAUUCCGAUUUUGCUUUCCAUCUCUACAAAACAAUCACUAACCACAGCACGUCCAACAUUUUUUUCUCCCCUUUGAGCAUUUCUUUUGCUUUAGCCAUGCUGUCUCUGGGAACCAGGUCAGCGUCUCGUGAGCAACUCUUAGGAGGGCUUCAUUUUAAGAACAUGACCCAAGAUCGACGAACAAAAAUGAACACCGGCUUCAAGAACUUGCUGCAGACCUUGACAAUGGAAAAUAGCAAUUUUCUGCUGUCAACGGGAAACUCCCUUCAUAUUCAAAAGGAUUUUGCUGUACGGCCAGGCUUCUUAAAUGAGACCAAAAAGUUUUACAAUGCUGAUGUGUUCAACUUGGAUUUUAGUUUAGAUCCCGAAGGGGCCACACAGCAAAUUAACAAUUACAUCAAAAAGGUAACAAAUGGAAAAAUUCAAAAACUUUUUGACUCAAUUGAACCUGCGACUAAACUGAUGCUUAUCAACUACAUGUUUUUUAAAGGUAAAUGGAAGAAUCCAUUUGAUCCAGCACACACUGCAGUAACAACCUUUCAAACGGACGACGGCAAAACAGUAAACGUUCCAAUGAUGUUCAAACGUGGCAGAUUCCAAAUAGUUUUCGACCGAAAUCUCUUCUGCACCGUAGUGAAGCUUGUUUAUUUAGGAAAUAUAUCCAUGAUUGCCAUCUUACCUACAGAACAUAAACUAGCUCACGUGGAAGAAAAUCUUUCCCGAGAAUGGUUGGAGCAACUUCAUUACAGAAGUUCAUUCAUCAAUCUGUACUUUCCAAAACUAAUGGUGAAAAAUUCCUACCAAUUAAAUGACAUCUUGAUGGAAAUGGGAGUUACAGAUGUAUUUACAUCCCAUGCCGACCUGUCUGGAAUAAGUGAAAGUGUGAAGCUGAAGGUUUCCCAGAUUACUCACGAUGCAGUGCUGGAAGUUGAUGAGAAAGGUACCGAAGCUACUUCAGUCACUACUGUGGGAAUUAUGACAUUGUCUUUCCCUGCCUUAAUCAAAUUUGACAGACCAUUUCUCCUAAUGAUCUAUGAAGAAACCACAAAGAGCAUACUAUUCUUGGGAAGAAUAAAAGACCCAUCCGAGAGAGCAUCUUCAUAACUCUUAUAUGGCUAUUGGAGAAAUCGGCAUUAAUUGACUUCUUCAAAUAUGUUAUUCAUAACUACAGUAUAAUUAUUACUUUGAUGCCAAUAGGCAAGAGGUUCCCCAAAAUAAAACUGAAUUAAAUG